AUAAUUCUUUCAUAAUGCAAAUAGGAAUGAAUGCAUCAAAGAGUAAAGGAGGAAUGAACUCAGUUACAUACUCUACACUUGCCAAUGUCCCGAAAGCUAAAAGACUGAAGAUUGUUAACGAGUCUAAAAAUCUUCUUGGCGCAUCAAAGAAGUGAAAAGAUAUCUGGAAUUCUAUAAGAAAAGCUGAUUUUAGGAAAGAAGGCAUUUUAAAUGAAGCUAAUAUGCAACUAGUCUUUAGCAAUAAGAACAAAGAAUACAUCACUGAUAUGUUAAGAGUCAGUACUGUUGAAGAUUUCAUUUCUCUGUUUGAUCUAGACAGAGAUGGCUUCCUCAAUCAAGAUGAACAAAUCUCUGUGUUCUCCCUAGUAAAAGAAAAAUGUCAGAUUCUCUGUGAAGAACUUGCUGCCAUUCAUGAAUACCAGCUUUACAAAGACAUUAUGAAGGAGGUAAGAGCUCUUGAGAAGGACAUCGUCAUAUACCAAAAUGAUCUCAGAUCUGAAAUUCAAAAGAGACAGUUAGAUGAGUAUAUCGAAAUCGGAGAAGAGAAACUCAAGGACUUCCAUAAGCAAUGGGAAUGCAAUUUCGAAGACUUUGAAAGAGAGUCUAUGAACAAAAUUGAAGAGCUCAAAAACCAACAUGAAAAUGAGAUGGAAGAACUUAAUAUGAGACUUGAUAGAGCAGUCGAAGCUGUCAAGGUCAAGCCAAAAGCUAGACUCAAGGAACUCCAGACUCAAGAAAAACUUGUCGCAGCAAAUGAAAGAAUUGAAGAAGCUAUUAAUUACAGGAAGGAGCUUAAAGAUUUUGAAGUUGAAGAGGCAAAUAGAGUUGAAGGUCUUAGACAUGAUAAUGCAAUGAAGCAAAGAAACAAAUUACUCUCAGACCAAAAGAAGGAGAUGCUCCAGUUAGAGUCCAAAAUAGAGACUGCUAGAAACAACUUGAGGAUCAAGAUGGAUAAAGAGUUAAACACUCUUCAAAAAGAGAUCAACCUUCAUGUCAAUGAUAUUAAGAGAAUUCAAGGGCUUAUCUCAAGACUUGCUGUAAAGAAAGGAGAGACAAAUGAUGAACUUAGAAGAAAUAAAGAUAGAGCCAAGAAAACAAUGAAUCAGAUUAAGAAUGCUAGAAAAAUUGGAGGAGAUGCUGAAAGAACUAUGAAAAAUACCUUAGUGACUACUGGAGCAACAAUCACUGCUGGUCAUGGCUUUAAUGCAGCUGCAGCAAGCACUUUGUUAUUAGGUGGAAAUGUUAGAAAUAUGAUGACUGGAGGGAUGCUGAGUAGUUCCCUUGGAAAUACAAGUAGUUCUGGAAAUAACUUUGCUAAUCAGGCAAGACCCUUAAAAUACAUUCUCACCCAAGCACCUAUUUGUAAAUUUGAUAUUUCUGCAAAUAGUGGACAAGAGAAGAGACCAAUUAAUAAAGAGGAAGAUCCAACUAAAUCAGAUAUGGACUUGAAAGGAAAAAUUAAAACUCUCUUGGACCAAAGAAAACCCCCUACCGAGAAAAUGCCUUCACUCUGAGAAAUGUACGAUGAUGACCUUAAUUUGAUUGAUCAAUAAAUUUACCCAAGC